UAUCUCUAUCUUAUUUAUAGGAGUGUAGAGUGUUGGAGAGGGUGUGACGAAUCUUGAACUAGGUGACCAUGUGCUCCCUGUAUUCAUAGGGUAAUGCAAGGAAUGUGCUCACCGUAAAUCGGAGAAAAGCAAUAUGUGUGAUCUCCUUAGAAUGAACAGACAGGAGAGUAAUGAUUAGUGAUGGGCAAUCAAGGUUUUUCAUCAAUGGGAAGCCCAUCUAUCAUUUUGUAGGAACUUUUACUUUCAGCGAAUACACUGUUGUUCAUGUUGAUUGUGUUGCCAAGAUCAACCCUGUUGCUUCUCUAGAUAAAGUUUGUGUUCUUAGUUGUGGAAUCUCAACAGGACUUGGUGCCACUUUAAAUGUUGUGGAACCCACAAGGCGUUCUACUGUUGCUGUUUUCGGAUUGGGAGCAGUCGGCCUAGAUGCUGCUGAAAGGGCUAGAAUUGUUGGAGCUUCAAGGAUUAUUGGUGUUGAUUUGAACCCAAAAAAAAGAAAUUUGAGGAAGAUUGGAUUGUUUGGGCUGUCCAAAUAG